AUGGCGGACCAGGCUAUAUCCACCUACACACCAAUUGAUGUUCCUCUGCCCCCUGCACCUGCAAUCUCGUACUUCACGGAGCAGCAGUGGAAGACCCUUUACGCUCUAGCCGAUGCAAUUAUCCCGUCUAUUCGCACCGUUUCAACAUCCAGAGGAUCCAACGAUACAUCGGUCAAAAUAUCUAGAAGAAGAUGCUCAUCGAAUAUAGCAUUCCGAGCCUGUAUUGAGCGCAUCUUCGGCGACUUUGUGAAUGACAAAGGACGGAGCAGUUUUAGACUGAUUCUGAAUGCCUUGAAUACCCGUGCUGGAUUGUUGAUUAUGACCGGUUCAACCACACCUAUCCAUCAACAGUCCGUCGCUACCCGUGAAAGGAUCAUCAGUACGUGGGAUACAUCGCGCCUAGCCCCUUUUCGAGCUACAUACCGGGCCCUGACUGCUAUCGUCAAAAGGUCGUGGGUGCUAUCCAGCCCGACAAUCAACUCUGUGCUUGGCUUCCGCGUCCCUAUCCAUUUAAAGCCUGCCAAGGGAUUCCGGCACAAAUUCCUACACUUUCCUCCAAGCAAUGAGCCAGGCAACGCGCCAGAAAAAAUUAGAACCGACGUUGUCGUCAUUGGUAGCGGCUGCGGUGGGGCCGUGGCAUCGAAGAACUUAGCUGAAGCUGGAUAUCGUGUGCUUGUAGUAGAGAAGUCAUAUUCCUACUCCAGCGAUACCUUUCCAAUGGUGCCAAACGCAGGAUUCGUAAAUAUGUUCGAGGGCGGCGGUGCAGUUCUAUCCGAUGAUGGGUCCGUUGCUAUCCUAGCAGGCUCAACCUGGCGCAGCGGCGGCACUGUCAACUGGUCAGCAGCACUGCAAACGCAGGCAUAUGUCCGGCAAGAGUGGGCUAAUAAUGGCUUACCCUUUUUCACCUCUCUCCAGUUCCCGCGAAGCCUCGAUCGUGUCUGCGAUCGCAUUCGCAUUACAGAGCACGUGUGCCACAACCGGCAGAAUAACGCUCUUCUCGAUAGCGCACACAAACUAGGCUAUGCUGCCAAGCCGGUUCCACAGAACACGGGUGGCGAAGAGCACUACUGUGGCUACUGUAUGCUAGGUUGUAACUCGGCGGCAAAGAAGGGACCUGCUGAAACGUGCCUCGUGGACGCUGCGAAGGCUGGGCGAUCUUUAUGGAGGGCUUCCGGGCUGAUAAGGGUACUUUUCACUGAGACUAAUGAUGAACGAGUAGCAUCAGACGUGGAAGGAACAUGGACUUCACGAGACUCAUAUCUCGGACUUAGCGGAGAGGGCGCUAUUCGACGCAAGGUAAUAAUUCAUGCCAAAAAGGUGGUCGUGGCGAGUGGCACCCUGCAGACCCCCCUGCUACUUCUACGAAGCGGCCUUGCCAACCCACAAAUUGGCCGGAACCUUUACCUACAUCCUGUCCUGGCAUGUGGUGCAGUUCAUGAGGAAGAGACUCGGCCAUGGGAGGGAACCGCAUUAACCACAGUGGUGAACGAUUUCGAGAAUCUCGAUGGACGUGGACACGGCGUGAAGAUCGAAGCGUCGGCAAUGGUCCCUUCUCUGAUCGUCCCUGUUUUUCCCUGGCGAGGUGGAAUAGACUAUAAGUUGUUCGCGGCUUGCAUCAACCAUAGCACUGGCUUCAUCACGCUCGCUAGAGAUCAUGAUGGUGGGCGCGUCUACCCAGACCCGACGGAUGGACGUGUACGUGCCGAGUAUAGCGUCUCUUCUUUCGACCUGAGGCACAUUAUGGAAGGUGUCAUUGCUUGCGCCAAAAUGGCGUACAUCACCGGUACAAAAGAAUUCCACACGGCUUCUCGUGAAAUCUCACCAUUCAUUCGGCCCGCAUUCAUCCAGAAAGACGCCUCUUAUUCUCAUUUAGAGGAACAUGGCCUUGAAGGCAUUAACAAUUCUGCGCUUCGAAGCUGGAUUUCUGAGGUCAGAGCCAAGCCGCUUCUUAGCCAGCAAGCUUCAUUCGUCAGUGCUCACCAGAUGGGCACAUGCCGUAUGGGUAGUUCUGCUAAGUCGAGCGUGGUAGAUCCUACCUGCCAGGUCUGGAGAACUGAAGUUGUCUAUGUUGUGGAUGCUUCUGUAUUUCCUAGCGCUAGCGGUGUGAACCCUAUGGUUACUGUUAUGGCUAUUGCGGACUGGGCUAGUCAGGGACUGGCACGGAAGAUGAAGACGCCAGAGAAUGCGAUGGCGCGGCUUUGA